AUGCAGAACCUCGUCAUGUGGCGUGGUGUUCAUGUGGGGUCACACGAGGAAGCGCGCCACAGACGAUGCAGGGUCGACCGCCGCAUGCCUGCACUGCCGUCGGCAGCCGAACUGGUUCCCGGCAGGCAAGGGCUGAGGAGCUUGGGCCACCACCCCGCCAAGCAAUCUGGCUUCGAAUAUCACGAUGUCAACCGAACCUACAACGAUGUAGCCCAGGCCUUGUCGCAGUAUCCAUCUCUCUCUCCGCGAACCGAUGUCCACACAUUCCCCGACGGCAACUCUGCCUUGCUUCUCCACCUCUCGGGCACAAUACCGGUCCUCUUCCGCGGCGCAACCUACCGAUUCCCGAUCUCGAUAUGGGUUCCGCACGCCUACCCACGCGAGCCCCCCCUGGCCUACGUGACCCCGACCGAGACCAUGGUGGUCCGUCCUGGGCAGCACGUUGAUCCACAGGGCCAGGUCUAUCACCCCUACGUGGUGGAUUCGCCAACAUUCUGGGAUUAUAUCUUUGCCAAGGAGCCACCGGUUGUUGCCCGCCAACAGGGGCCGCCUCCUCCCGCCCGACAAAUGAACACACCACCUCCCGUACCUCCGCUGCCUCCGGACCUCGCCCCGAGGCCUACAAGUCGAGUACAAUCCGCGGCACCCGACGAUGCGCGACCGCCUCCACCCCCCCCAAAACCGGGGCCCCAGACCGCGGCCCAUAUCGCGCCUCGGCCACAACCCUCCCCGGCCCCGGUUCAGCAAGCAGGCCCCCCAGUUCCUUCCCCUCCACCAAAGGUUGGUGGGCAGCCAAGUCACCAUGCGCCGAACGGGCGACCAAUGUCGCAUCGUGAGCCCGCGAGAGCUGGCCCUUCGCGUUACGAGACAGCUCCUCCCCUGCCGCCGCAAGCAUCACGACCUUCACCGGCGCAGAAAGGCCCGCUACCUGCUCCUGCCCAGAACCCUCAGAUUCAACAUCCCCCUCCUUCUCACCCUCCGCAGUAUCAAGGGCCUCCACCAGCGGGCUUUUCCCCGGGCUCGCAACAGCCCCUCCCGCCCGUGGAUCCCCGGCACAUGGCGAACCUCACACACCCCCAACAGUACAGCACCCCUCCGCCAACAUGGCAACAACCGCCGCCUCCCGUGCAACCCCAGCCAAAACCAAAACCACCACCGCCUCCCGACCUAAUGGACGACGACCUCACGCUCUCCAUCCCCUCCCCCUCCGCCGUCCCCGCCCCACCAAUCCCCCCGAACCCCGAAAAAGACCACCUCCUCCACCAGCUCGCCCAAACCCUCUACAUGCACCGCCAAAAAGCGCUCUCCCAAAACGCCACCUCCCUCCAAGGCCUCCACGCCCAGCGCGCCGCCAUGCAGCAGGCCUUAGCCAUCAUCCAAGCCGAGUCCGCCCAACUGACCCAGCUCACAGCGCUCCUCACCUCCAACACCGCCAUCCUGCAGGACUCACUACGACAGGCGGACGGGGUGAUCGAGAACUCGGCGAGCCACCCGGAGCCGGACAUCGACGAGCUGCUGGUGGCGCCAACCGUGGUGGGCAACCAGCUGUACGAGCUGGUGGCCGAGGAGCGGGCGCUGGCCGACGCCAUCUUCGUGCUGGGCCGCGCGGUGGAGCGCGGCCGGAUCGCGCCGCAGACGUUUGCCAAGAUGACGCGCGGGCUGGCGCGGGAGUGGUACCUGAAGAAGGCGUUGGUGAGGAAGAUUGGGCGGGGGAUGGGCUUGGCGGAGGGCUGA